AUGGCAUAUGUCGCACCAAUUCAUCGUGCCACAAGCAUCCGCCAUGCGCUCAGAGCGAAUGUGCUUUCUCCCGAUAUCGACGACUUGGUUGUAGCCAAAGCGAACCGACUCGAGAUAUGGCGUCUUACGGAAGAGGGCCUGGUAUGCCUGCAGACGAAGCUCAUUCACGGAACAAUAUCGAUGCUGCAACGUUUACGACCCAAAGGAUCCGAGACCGACCUCUUGUUCGUCGGAACUGAUAGGCUUCACUACUUCAACCUCGUCUGGAACCCUUUGACCAAGCAACUGGAAACUAUCGAGCGAGUAAUCGAGGAUAUAUCAGAACCAUAUAUGCGGCAUUCUCAAAGUCAGAACAAAUGCCUAGUGGACCCAACUGGACGAUUUUUAGCCAUGCACCUCUGGGAAGGAGUGCUGAAUGUUUUUAAGCUUCCCACGCGCAAAGGCUCUACCAACAAGCUCGAAGUGCUUGAUCAGGUCCGACUAACGGAGCUAUACAUGAAAGCAAGCACUUUCCUUCAUAGCCGGACCGGCCACCCGACCAUUGCCUUUCUAUACAAGACACAGAUGGAACAAGAGGAAGCCCGGCUGGCCAUAUAUAGGUUAACCCAUGACGACAAAGGCAACACUGUAUCAAAAUUCGAUCCUCAUAAAGAUAGAGAGCUCGAUGUUGUCAUUCCCGAUCCUUACGCUUCCAUGCUCAUUCCUGUACCAUUAGACGAGGAAAAGCGAUACCAUGUGCGCAAUACUGAAGGAGCCAAGGCACAUUUGGGUGGUCUUCUAGUUAUGGGAGAGACUCUCCUCACAUACUACGACGGCUUAACACAUAGAAGUGUAUCAUCGGGGCUGAAAGAGCCGAAAAUAUUCGUGGCUUGGGCCGAGUACGAUGGCACACGUUACCUGUUGGCCGACGACUAUGGUCGGCUAGAUCUCUUGACUAUUGAGACAAGCCUUGAAUCCACUGGUGUUGUGGUGACGGGUAUGACACUCGAACCUUUCAAGAUGGAUAAUUCUCCUGCUAUUACUUCGAGAGCCUCUAGUCUGGUAUAUUUUGGCGAUGGCACCCUGUUUGUUGCCUCGCAUCACGGCGACUCACAGCUAUACCAAAUUGAUGUGGACGCUACCACAGCCACACUGGUCCAGUCUUUUUCGAAUAAUGCCCCAAUCCUAGACUUUUCCAUUAUGGAUAUGGGCAAUCGCGAAGGAGAUGCUCAGGCUGGCAAUGCCUUCUCGUCUGGCCAAUCGAGAAUUGUAGCAGGCUGUGGCGCAUACCGUGAUGGAAGUCUCCGAAGUAUUCGAAGUGGUGUUGGUCUUGAGGACAGAGGCGUCCUUGAUGAGCUUUCAGAAACGAAGGGUUUGUUCACUCUUCAUUCGUAUGGUUCUGACCUAGUAGACACCUUGGUUGUAUCAUCCAUCGCCGAGACGAGAGUCUUCAGCUUCGACAAUGAUGGCGGGAUUGAAGAGAUAUACUCCUUCCAGGGCAUGGCGUUGGACAGUGAGACUUUGUUGGUAUCGAACCUUGGCAAUGGACAGCUUCUUCAGAUUACCCCUAAGUCGGCGGUUUUGCUUGACCCUGAAGGUGGUACGACAAUCAGCAAAUGGGAUGUCCCAAACGGCAAGACAAUAACGAGGGCAUCAGCAAACAGCAAAUGGGCGUUACUAUCGAUUGAUGGAACAACACUUGUUUCACUGAAUCUCUUGCAGAACUUGGCCGUCAACGCUCAACAAACUCAGAACGACACCAGCUCACAACCUGACCAGAUAUCAUGUAUACAUGCUGCCCGAGAUCCACCAGAUCUUGGAGUAGUCGGCUGGUGGUCCUCAGGUCAGAUAUCACUAAUCGACAUGGCUUCAUUGAAGCCGCUCCACGGAGAGUCGAUGAGGCAAACCGAGGAUAGUGCCUCGGUCCCACGAGAUAUUGCGCUUGUACAACUUCAUCCCCAUGAUAUAUCUGGACCCACACUGCUGGUCGCGAUGGAAGAUGGCAACGUGGUCACGUUCAACGUGUCCGUCAGGGGCUUCGCGGUUUCUGGCCGCAAAAGCGUGACUUUGGGUAGCAACCCAGCCCGUCUGCACAUACUCCCUCAAGAAGACGGCACGUCAACCGUCUUCGUGACUACUGAGCAUGCCAGUUUGAUCUAUAGUUCUGAGGGGCGUAUCAUAUUUUCGGCCACAACCGCUGAUGACGCCACAUUUGUUGCACCCUUUAACUCCCAUGCCUUCCCAGACUCUGUGGUCUUGUCGACAGACCAGCACAUCCGGAUUUGCCAUGUUGAUCGGGAGCGCCUCACCCAUGUGAAGGCUCUCCCAGUCAAAGAGACUGUCAGACGGGUAGCAUACUCGCCAGGACUCAAAGCGUUUGGUCUAGGCUCAAUCAAGAAAGAUUUAGUCCGUAACGAGGAGGUUGUUACAAGUUCAUUUAGGCUCGUCGAUGAGAUAGUCUUCAAGGAACUCGGAUCACCUUUUCUACUGAAUGCCUCAAGCACUCUGGAAAUGGUUGAAUGUGUUAUUCGAGCCGAGCUUCCUGACGUGGGCGGAAACCCUACUGAACGAUUCAUUGUCGGCACUGGUUUUAUCAGUGACGGAGGAGUGGAGAAUACAAGUGGUACUCUCGGCCGUAUCUUGGUCCUUGGAGUUGAUGCAAACCGUCAAGUCUACCAGAUCGCUUCUCAUAAUUUGAAGGGGCCUUGCCGCUGUUUAGGAAUGAUUGGCGACAAUAUCGUGGCCGGACUGUCCAAGACCGUUGUUGUUUACAGUUUUUCACAGGAUACAAGCAGUUCUGGCUCGCUUCAGAAGCUUGCUGCUUACCGUCCUUCAGCAAUCCCCAUAGACCUCGAUGUAGCUGGGAACAUGAUUGGUGUGGGUGACCUGAUGCAGUCCCUAUCUCUUGUCGAAUUCAUCCCGGCACAAGAUGGCAACAAGGCGAAGCUAGAGGAGCGAGCGCGUCACUUUGAGCCUCUAUGGACCACAGCAGUCUGCCAUAUUGAGGGUGAGAGGUGGCUAGAGGCUGAUUCUCAAGGCAAUCUUGUCGUACUUCAACGGAACGCGGAUGCUCCUACAGAGCAAGACCGUCGCCGGCUUGAAAUCAUUAGUGAAAUGAGCAUCGGGGAACAGAUCAACCGCAUUCGAAAGCUUCAUGUCCCGGCAGCAGAGAACAGCAUCGUUCAUCCACGGGCAUUCCUCGCUUCAGCUGAGGGCUCACUGUACCUUUAUGGGGAUAUCGCGCCUCAGUACCAGGACCUCUUGAUGACAUUCCAGUCAAAGAUGGAGGGCUACCUUGAUGCUCCAGGAAACAUCGAGUUCAAGUUAUGGCGUUCCUUCCGCAACGACAAUCGGGAGAGCGAAGGGCCUUAUCGUUUUGUAGAUGGAGAGAUGGUAGAGAGGUUCUUGGAUAUGGAUGAGGAGAAACAAGAGUUGAUUUGUGAGGGACUGGGUCCGAAUGUCGAGGAUAUGCGCAACAUGAUUGAGGAGUUGAGGAGGAUGCACUAG